AUAUUGAAAAAAAAAACCUUUGCUUUUAAAUUGAUAACAUUUUAUACUUUCGCCUAUCUUAUAUCUUUCGGUCAGUAAUUAAAGAGCAGAUGAAUGCGCAUUCAACAGAUGUGGGACUGGAUGUGCAGCUGAAGCUCCAGCACUUGCAAAUGAACCAUGUACGAAUCCGUGAGCAGCUAACGCGUCUGAUGCGAAAACGUCACGACGCGCUGAUGGCCCAAUUGGAUUAUCAAAGGCGUAUCUAUGAGGGUAAAGCCGAAAUGGAGCAGCGCCUGCAAUUACUGCAGUUGAAAUAUGGCAGAAAGUGGCUGCAAAUAUGGCACAAGUGAGGAAUGGAAUGGCGCUCGAAUCAAUUCGAAAUGAAUUUUAAUGAGUUAGCAACUUAAAAAGGCUUUGGGUUGAUUAAAAAAAUAAAUUAUAAAGCAAUCGAUUUUAAA